GGUUAAGUAGGCACAGAGCUGUGUUUGGUCUCCCCCUCUCUCAUUCACUUGGCGCACACAAGUGUGCUUCUCUCUCUUCUCUCUCUCUCUCUCUCAGAAUGAUAGCUCUGGGUAGAGCUUUCGCUAUGGUUUUCUGCUUAAUUCAAGCUGUUUCUGGAGAAAGUGGCAAUGCCCAGGAUGGAGACCUAGAAGACGCAGAACCGGACGAUCACUCCUUCUGGUGCUACAGCCAGUUGGAAGUGGAUGGAAGUCAACAUUUAUUGACUUGUGCUUUUAAUGACUCAGACAUCAACACAACUAAUCUGGAAUUUCAAAUAUGUGGGGCUCUUUUACGUGUGAAAUGCCUAACUCUUAACAAGCAGCAAGAUAUAUAUUUUAUAAAGACAACAGAAUUCUUACUGAUUGGUAGCAGCGAUAUAUGUGUGAAGCUUGGACAAAAGAAUUUAGCUUGCAAAAGUAUGGCUAUAAACACAAUAGUUAAAGCUGAGGCUCCUUCUGACCUGAAAGUCAUUUAUCGAAAAGAAGCAAAUGACUUUUUGGUGACAUUUAGUGCACCUCACUUGAAAAAGAAAUAUUUAAAACAAGUGAAGCAUGACAUGGCCUACCGCCCAGCAAGGGGUGAAAGUAACUGGACGCAUGUAUCUUUAUUCCACAUGAGAACAACAAUCCCACAGAGAAAGCUAUGGCCAAAAACAGUGUAUGAAAUCAAAGUCCGAUCCAUUCCCCAUAAUGAUUACUUCAAAGGCUUCUGGAGCGAGUGGAGUCCAAGUUCUACCUUCGAAACUCCAGAACCCAAGAAUCAAGGAGGAUGGGAUCCUGUUUUGCCAACUGUCACCAUUCUGAGUUUGUUCUCUGUGCUUUUGUUGGUCAUCUUAGCCCAUGUGCUAUGGAAAAAAAGGAUUAAACCUGUCGUAUGGCCUAGUCUCCCUGAUCAUAAGAAAACUCUGGAACAACUAUGUAAGAAGCCAAAAAAGAAUCUGAAUGUGAGUUUCAAUCCUGAAAGUUUCCUGGACUGCCAGAUUCAUGAGGUGAAUGGCAUUGAAGCCAGGGAUGAGGUUGAACAUUUUCUGCCAAAUGAUCUUCCUCCACAGCCUGAGGAGCUGGAGAAGCAGGGACCCAGAACAGCUGUACACAGUGCAAACCGGGCAUCUGAGACUUCAGUCAGCCCGCCAGAAACAUUCAGAAGAGAGUCCCCCUUAAGAUGCCUGGCUAGAAAUCUGAGUUCAUGCAAUACCCCUCCACUCCUUUCCUCUAGGUCCCCUGACAACAGAGAUGGUGACGGAAAUAGGCCUCCUGUGUAUCAAGACUUGCUGCCAAGCUCUGCAAACACAAAUGAUCCUGUCCCUCAACCAUUGCCUCUCCAGUUGGGAAUCCUGAUACCAGUUUCUCAGAGACAGCCCAUCUCCACUUCCUCAGUCCUGAAUCAAGAAGAAGCAUAUGUCACUAUGUCUAGUUUUUACCAAAACAAAUGAAUUAUAAGAAAACCCUUCCAUCAACAACCAAAUGAUCACUGAGAUGGAAAGUCUGGAAUGCUUGCUCUCCCCCAUAGCUCGCAGACGAGAAAGUCAACAUGACCUUGCUACACAUCUUCAGCAUUCUAAGAAAUCAUUUUGAUCUCCUAGCUCAGAAAUGUUUGCACAAAGCAGGAAGAAUCUGUUUCCCCCUUGCAGGAUUAGUCAUAAGAGUCCAGAUGACCCAAUUAAAAUUGCAAAACUCAGUUAAGUGAAGAAAGAAAGAUAGAAGAAAGAAGAUAGAAGGCUGUGAUGAAUGCAGGAAGAAAAGGAAAGAUGUGAAUGGUGGGUCUAUCAUUCGGAUUGACUAUUUAUCCAGCACUAUGCAACUGUUCUCAUUUCUUCCUCACGAUAAUACUACAAUGUAGGCUCAUCCAUUAUAAUUGUUAUUUUCUUUGUCAUAGAUGCCAAAGUUGAAAGUAGAGAUUUUAAGUGAUGUUUAAGUUUUUCUUUCAGUCACAGAUGAGGCACACAUUCCAACUUCAACCCUCUCUUGCCAUGAACCUGUCCUAUUGUUGAGUGUCAAACAUCACCACUAAGUGGGUGGUUAUGUAGUCUAUUAUCAAAACUGAGUUGUUUUGGAAAGAGAAAGUUAGACAUAAUUAACAGUAAGCAUAAACUGUAUCUGUCUGAGAGAGAUGUGGAUGGAUGGUCAUUUUACUUAAAGUGGCUAUGGGGAUGAACAUGGAGGACAAAGUACACUUAUGGGUAUGAAAUACCAUGACCAUGUGUCAAAGGAAGUGGGAGAAAGAAAAGAGGCACCAAGCUCAUUUGAUUUUGUUGUAUUGUUUUGUUUGAAAACAAACUCAAGAAGCAGUGAGUUAGAAGCCAAGAAGCUCCAAAGUCAGUUAUCAAGACCAUGAUCUUCCUGCUGCUAUUAUCCAUUAGCUUCUAUGUGAGAUCAUAGGAGGAACUAUGGCCAACCUACAGUAGUUCAACAUUUAGCAGUGAGUGGAGUCCUCCUAUGUAUGGAGACACCAUUAUGAAUUACCCCAAGUUCUACAGCCCUGAAUAUUGCCUGAACUACAGAAAAAGGGGGCUGUGCACACCACAAUGAGUACCCUAGCUGAAACUAUGCUCACAGAAACACAAAUAAGAUAGGUAAGUUACUCAAAUUCAAAUAUUGAUUUAUGACUGCAAGCCACAAUUUUGAAUCCUGGCUGUGUUUGACCAAUCUCCUGAAGAAAACAACAAAUAACUGAAAGACACUGUGGUUGGGUGCCUUAGCAUUAAAAUUCUGUUUAAGUGUUGACAUUGUUUGUUUGAAUUGGUGUGUCUAUCCGGUCAUGUAUUAUAUCCAUGUCUUAUAUUCAGAUAACCACAACUGCUGCUAAUGCCUGAUUAUAUUUUCAAGGACUGCAUGCAAUGUAACAUUACUAGUUGAUUCUGCCAAUUUUCUUCUUGGUAUUUAUAAAGGAAAACCAAAACUCUUGGUUAGAGACAAUAUGCAAAACAUAUGAUGUCAAGUAUUAUGUCCGAGUAAUGUGAAAUACAAUGAGAAAUAGAUAAUGAAUUUAAUCAAUCAACUAUGUUUGGAUCCAGGGAAUCUCAAGUCAUUUAAUUCAUUCUCUGUAAGCCUUUGUCUCUCUCUUCAUCCAGACUUUUGCCUUCAAAUACAAGCAUGGGCUAUUUUCUGGAA